AUGGCUUACGCGCCCCUGCCGGCCGAGACGCUGCAGCACAUUGCGCAGUACUUUAGCUCGUCGAACGAGAUGCAUGCCUAUGUAACGGCGCUGCCGCAAGAGUGGUUGACGCCGCCGAUGGCCGCCUUGCACGAGCUCUACGCCUGCGUGCGCGACGGUCGUCUCGCCGACACGAGCGCAAAGCAGCCCAAGAUGGUGCAGCUCUGGCCCGAAGUACAACUACCCACGUCGUUCACGGACGCGCCACUGCCCCGCUCGGAAGCAGACGCGCAGCUUGUGGUGCUUCUCAGAACGUACCUUUCAAUGCUGCCGCGCAUCACGACGCACGUCGGACGCAGCAUCUCGGACUUUGUUCCGCCAGGCACCAACCUUUGCAUCGAUCCAGCAAGCUUUGUGUACGAGCUGGAGCGUGCGGCGGAUCUCGGGAACGUCGAGGAGUUGCGCGUCCUCAUCCGUGACUGCUGCGACGGGUCGUGGCCGCCCCACGCCUUUGACUGUUUACGUCGAAUGUCGAGAUUGCGAGAGCUCCGUGCCGACUGGCUUCCAUUGAGAGGCUCGGAGCUCCAAACAAACUUUGUCAAGAUGCUUGCGUGCUCGAGCAUCACGCGUCUGGCAGUGCACUACCACGACAGCGCCGUCACGUGGUCCGAGGCGACGGGCAAGGCCUUUGUGCGAUGGAUUCGCUCCGCGCCCAUAACAUCCCUCGAGCUCGGGCAUCUGCCUCUCUCCAAGCUUGACGCGGCCCGGCUCUCGGUUGCAAUUCUGCAAUUGCGAACGCUGAAGGUCCUCAAGGUGGAGGGGACCCUAGCCCCACUCCCACGCCAGCUCGAGACACUCGAGGCCGUCGUCGAGCACGAACGGGACGUAGUCAGCGUUUUGCGCGUCAUCCGCGGCACCAACCUACGCCACGUAUCCCUCUUCUGGGACGAGCCCCUCGACGACCCCACGGCUCUCGCGCUGCGCUCCGUACUCGCGAGUCUGCAGAACCUUCGUCAACUCGAGCUUGGUGGCGUGAAUAUGGCCCCCAUCGAUUUGGCGCCGAUGCAGCGCCUCGAGCAAUUGGAGCUGCAUCGGAGCACUCUGAGCGAUCCCGGUGUGAUUCCAACGGUGUGGGCACUACCCCAGUGCCGUUGGCUAGGACAUCUGAGCCUCGUCGACCAAGGGUGCACAUAUCUCACGGCGGAAGCACUCGCCGCUGUCAUUCCGCACUGCCCAUCGCUCAAGACACUCCAGUUGUCGUUCAACAACUUGGGCACGGAAGGUUUCAUCGCUUUGCUGCCGAUUGUGCGGUCGCUCGAUGCCUUGCUGCUUCGCGCCAACGGCAUCGAUGUCGACGGCGCACUCAUGCUGGCGCAUCAUAUCGAUGCCACGGCGCACCUGACCGAUCUCGAAUUGUCUGGCAACCCCAUCGCCAAGUACGGUGUCAUUAGUAUCAUUGACUCCAUGAUCACAUCGUCCAUCGAUCGACGCGGAACUGUGGGCCUUUGCAAUACCGUCGACGAAGCUGAGGACUUCGAACGGUGCAUGGAGUGGGCGGCGGCGCUCCCAAACCGUGCGUGGGUAAAGCUCGAUGUCCCCCCGUUCUAA